AUGUUUGGUCAAGUCUUGACUUUGGUCGGAGCUAUCGUCGGUGCAACUGCUGAUACGACUGUGACCGUGGCUGCUGGGAGCACAAUAAUUGGCUUCGGGGCUGGCGUAAUUUUCGUGUCGUAUCCCGGUAUCAUUGAGCUUCUACCUAACAAGUAUCGUGGCAUUGGAUUAGGAUGGACCGAGUUCUGUAUCAACAUUCCGUGGGGCUGCCUCAGCGUUUACAUUGCUACCCUGCUUCUCAUACAUGCCAGCUGGAGAUGGGCAUACUACAUUGGCAUCAUCUAUGCUGUCGUGUGUAUCGCCGGAACUUUCGUUUUCUACUAUCCUCCAUCUCACCCGCAGCACGAUUACGAAAAGUCACGAUGGCAAGAAUUCAAGGAGCUUGACUUCGUUGGGUUGCUUCUUUUCUCCGCGGGUCUCACUAUCUUCCUUGUCGGCAUCACAUAUCUGGGGCGUGACACCUAUUCAGUCGCACUUGUCGCCUCAACCAUCAGUAUUGGCGCUGUGAUCUUCAUCGCCUGCUUCAUUUACGAUUUCACAAUCCCAAAGAACCCAAUCUUCCCGUUCAAAUUGUUCGCUAUGUUUCGAGAGUUCACGGUGCAUCUAAUCAUUUUGUUUGUUUCUGGCAUGGUCUGGCAAGGAAUCGUGACCUUAGCUCCGCAGGCUACUCUCUACAUGUUCACAAACGACCCUAUUCAGAUCGGCAUUACGAUGAUUCCGUCAACCUUCUCUGGUGUCCUCGGUGGAUGGAUUUUACCCAGCUUCGUGCAUAAGAUCAAGCGCGUCCGCUACCAAAUCAUGUUUGCCCUCAUAAUACAGACGACUUUCACUGCGAGUUAUGCCGCCGUUGUGCCACACAAUAAGCGAGCAUGGAUGGCAAUGCAAUUGUUCGGCCAAAGCUGCUUCACCUGGGUGACAACCCUAGCCUAUGUCUCUUCAGGUCUGUUUGUUCCCCAGGAAGAACUCGGCGUCUCAGCGGGCCUACUUGGAACAUUUCGCAGCGCUGGAGGCUCGGUCGGUAAUGCGAUCUUCUCAACUAUCAUGACAUCGGUUGCGAAUCGUAACUUGGGCAACAACAUCGCCGGAGCAGCAAUUGCGGCAGGAUACCCCCAAAGCGGCCUAAAGAAGCUCAUCCCAGCUGUGAUCAUGAAUGCUGUCGGUGUGCCACAUGCGUUCGAGAAUAUCCCCGGGGCGACAUCUGCUGUGGUCGCUGCUACUGGACAGGCAUUCAAGAACACAUAUGCACAUGCUUUCAGAAUGGUAUUCUUUGCUACCAUUCCGUUCUGUGUCCUCGCUCUGGGGGUUUCUUGGUUUGAGAAAGAGGUGUUGUCCGCGUUAGAGCAUCGUGAUCACAAACAUGGACAUGCGGAACAAUCUGCUCAUGCUUAA